UGCUCUUUUAACUGGCUCACCUCUUGCAGGAGCAGGACUCUCCUCAGUCAGCCGGUGUUGGUCGGUGUUGUUAGAGUCAGCGGCGACACACGAACCGGCGGACCGACAGGCAGGAAACAGGUCGCACUGCAGUGAUGUCAUCACUCGUCUUCCUCCUCCCCUUCCUCAUCCUCACCCCAGCCUCGACGUUGGACUUUCGUUACCACAGCAACCGUGAGAUCGAGCAGUACCUCCUCCAGCUCAACGCCUCCAAUCCCGACAUCACACACCUGUACAGCAUCGGCCGGUCUGUCAGAGGUCAGCAGUUGUGGGUGUUGGCUCUGGGUCUCAGUGCUCGCCGCCACACCGUCGGCAUCCCGGAGUUCAAAUAUGUGGCUAACAUGCAUGGAAACGAGGUUCUUGGCCGGGUGUUGCUGCUACAGCUGAUCGACGACCUGGUGCGCGGUUAUCAUAACAACGAAACGUGGUCGUUGCAGUUGCUGAACAGUACGCGCAUCCACAUCCUGCCGACAAUGAACCCAGAUGGCUUUGAUGCAUCGGACACACACUGCCAGUACAGCCAGGGCAGGUACAACUAUAACGGCAUUGAUCUGAACAGGAACUUCCCCGAUGCUUUCGCUGGUCUCCGAAGGCAACAGCAGCUUGACGAGGAGAAGCGGCAGGCAGAGGUCAGAGCCGUGAUUGGCUGGUUGAGGACUGAGAGUUUUGUUCUCUCUGCCAACCUUCAUGGAGGCGCUCUGGUGGCCAGUUAUCCUUACGACAACAGCAACAGAGGCAGCGAGUUUGUGGGCGGGGCAAGCAUCACACCUGAUGAAGACGUGUUUGUUCACCUGGCCAAGGUGUACUCCUACAACCACGCCUCCAUGCACCUUGGUGACAGCUGCAACGAUGGCAGACCCUUCAUAGAUGGCAUUACCAAUGGAUACCAGUGGUAUCCUCUUGAAGGUGGGAUGCAGGACUAUAACUACGUGUGGGCUCAGUGUUUGGAGUUGACUCUGGAGGUUUCCUGCUGCAAGUUUCCUCCAGUCAAACAACUUCCUGCACUGUGGACGGAUAACAGGAAGGCUCUGCUGGCCUUCAUUAAGCAGGUCCACCUGGGGGUCAAAGGUCGUGUGUUUGAUGGCUCCGGAGUGCCGGUCCAGAACGCAGUGGUGGAGGUCAAAGGUCGCAGGAAUAUGUGUCCCUUCAGAACCGACCGACACGGAGAAUACUACAGAUUGCUGCUGCCUGGAAGCUACACCUUCACAGUGACGUACCCGGGUCACGAGGUUUUGACAGAGACACUGAACAUUCCAAAUGGUCCUGAUAACUACUCCGCUUUGAGACACGACUUCCUGUUACAGCACAUCCCCAAGACGACUGGCCGCAGCCCGGCUAACCCCACCCAAGCUGACCUCACCCCAAGCUGUAACUACACAUUAUACCUGGAGGCAGGCGGAGCCAUCACCAGGCCCACAUGGGCGGGGCUAGGUGUGGGGCUCGCCCUGGUGGCGGCGCUACGAUCCUUAAUCAACUGAAGCAGCCUGGUGUGACAGUCACAGGUUUGAACAGUCAACCUGCAAGAAAACAAAGAACAAAAACAUGUGGUCCAGCAGAGGUUUCUGAAGAGAUGUUUUGAAGCCUGGAGUUUGGGUUUAAAACUCGCCGCCAGCUUUGUCACUGCUGAAAAAACACUUAACUUGAGGGCAAAGGGGUGAAAGCCCUGGUCACAGCAAGAAGGUCAUAAGCAUGUCCAAUAUAGGUGGUGCUGGAAGUUUCGGGAUGUAGUGACUCCUCGCAAGGGGUUGCUGUCCUUAUUAUUAAGUUAAAAUAUCUGCCAUGUAAAAGGCUUAUGGCGAGCUGACAGCUAACACGCAUCAGCCUGGAACAAUGCGAGCGUAUGUCAGUCACUCCAAGUUAGCUGGAUUGCUAACUAGCCAGCUCGUGUACCAGGAGAAAUUUUAACUUUGUUCUGUGUGACAAUAAAAGCACACAGUUUAUUCAUA